AAGGUCUCCCUCACAACACAACCCCAGAUUCACAGUCUGAGAGAAGAGUCGUCCCUUUGAGAAACUUGCUUUCUGUCUCAGUCGCUCUUUUCUCCUUUCACAUCAGUUGCCUGAACUCCUGUCCCAGGUCUUCUCGAGCAGCUGAACCCUGUGAAACCAGACACACUAGCGAAAAGAAAAACAAUCAACAUUUCAAAUAAUCAUCUGUUACUCAAUCCAUAUUCAAUCAUGGCUGAUUCCUUGAAAAUGGCUGGCCUCUCGCUCGAGGACUCCCAACACGCCCCUAGCCAUGCCACCGGUCGUGCCCCGUACAUUCCUCCCCACCUCCGUGGUCAGCAACGCGCCGGCCCUACCAUGCCUGUCGAUGGUGCUGCUCCACAAGGUCGUCCUCCAAUGAACCCUGGCUCUUGGGGUCCCAAUAAAAGUGGUGCUCCUCCCAACAACUGGGCUCCUCGAGGAGCAAAUAAUAUGAACGGUGCCCCUGCCUGGGGUGCUGCUGGUGGUGGCGGUGGUGCUCGUUUCGAUCCAAAUGCCUAUGGCCACCCUGGUCAUCGCGGCGGUCAGAGCCACGGUGGUGCCGGUAGCGGUGCUGCCCGUGGAUCCGGUGAUGGUCAGUGGCGCGAUGGAAAGCAUAUCCCCGGUCCACCAAAUGCCCGUCUUGAACGUGAACUCUUCGGCGUCCCCAACGACCCAUCCAAGCAGCAUACCGGCAUCAACUUCGCCAACUACGAUGACAUUCCUGUCGAGGCCUCAGGUCACGAUGUUCCAGAGCCAGUGACUGCCUUCACAAACCCACCCCUGGAUGACCAUUUGAUAUCCAACAUCAAACUUGCCACCUACAAGACACCGACCCCAGUCCAGAAGUAUUCCAUCCCAAUUGUCAUGGGUGGUCGUGACCUCAUGGCCUGUGCUCAGACCGGUUCCGGAAAAACUGGCGGUUUCCUCUUCCCAAUUCUCUCUCAAGCUUUUAAAAACGGCCCUUCCGCGGUCCCAACACAAAACGCCAACCAAUUCAGCUAUGGCCGUCAGCGAAAAGCCUACCCGACCUCGUUGAUCUUGGCCCCUACCCGUGAAUUGGUGUCUCAGAUCUACGAUGAAGCCCGCAAGUUCGCUUACCGUUCCUGGGUUCGCCCAUGCGUCGUCUACGGCGGUGCGGAUAUCGGUUCUCAGCUCCGCCAGAUUGAACGUGGCUGUGACCUUCUUGUCGCUACUCCCGGCCGUCUUGUCGAUCUGAUCGAACGUGGACGUAUCUCUCUCUGCAAUAUCAAGUACCUCGUCCUUGAUGAGGCCGAUCGCAUGUUGGACAUGGGUUUCGAGCCCCAGAUUCGCCGCAUCGUCGAGGGAGAGGAUAUGCCACCUGUCAACGGACGUCAGACCCUCAUGUUUUCGGCCACAUUCCCUCGUGACAUCCAGAUGCUCGCCCGCGACUUCUUGAAGGACUAUGUGUUCUUGUCUGUCGGUCGUGUCGGAUCCACUUCGGAGAACAUCACCCAAAAGGUCGAAUACGUCGAAGACGCCGACAAGCGCUCCGUUCUGCUUGAUAUCCUCCACACCCAUGGAACUGGACUCACUCUCAUUUUCGUCGAGACCAAGCGCAUGGCUGAUUCUCUAUCUGAGUUCCUUAUCAACCAGAAUUUCCCUGCAACUGCUAUCCACGGUGACCGCACUCAACGUGAGCGUGAGCGGGCUCUUGAAUACUUCCGCAACGGCCGCUGCCCUAUCCUCGUUGCCACUGCUGUUGCUGCUCGUGGUCUCGAUAUCCCUAAUGUUACUCACGUCGUCAACUACGAUCUCCCCACCGACAUCGAUGACUAUGUCCAUCGUAUCGGCCGUACUGGUCGUGCUGGUAACACCGGUCUGUCCACAGCUUUCUUCAACCGUGGCAACCGCGGUGUCGUCCGUGACUUGAUCGAAUUACUCAAAGAAGCUCACCAGGAAGUCCCGGCCUUCUUGGAAAAUAUUGCUCGUGAGGGCAGCGGAUACGGCGGCCGUGGCGGCGGUCGUGGUGGUGGAAGAGGCCGUGGUGCCAAUGCCACUCGUGAUAUGCGUCGCAUGGGCGGUGGUGGUCCUCCAAUGAGUGGUACUCCAUCCUACAGCGGUGGUUAUGGUGGUGGCGCCAACAACUAUGGUGGAAGCUAUAGCAGUGCUCCAUCUUACGGCGGAUACGGCGGUGGCUACGGUGGAGGCGGCUACGGCAACCCAUCUGGUCCCACCGGGCCAUCUUCUUGGUGGUAAAACCAUUCAUCAGUCUCUUCCCAUGACCAUGCGGGUCUUGGUUUGGAUCUUUCUCUUCUUGACGAGUCUCGUCUCGACAUAAGAAGAAUAGAUCAGACCGAGACUUACUUUUUCCCAAAUUCUUGUCUCUGAAUGGUUUUGGUCAUGACCUGCGACGAAUUUCUUUUUCAUCGAUGCUUUGCUUUUCGUUACUUUUGCUCGUUACUCGUCGAUUCGGUUACGGUUUAGAUGCGCUCUUCGAUGCAGUCCGAUCUUCUUUGCUUCCGGGCCUUGUUCGCAUGGUGGUCGUUGGGCUUGUCCAACCGAGAUUGCAUGAACAUCAUAGAUAGCGUUGCUCUUUUUUCCUCUUUCUACGACCGCUUAAUUCUGAUACCCCCUAUGUCGUUCAGCCGCUGCUGAAAGAGGAGCUAGCUCGAGCGAAUUGCCGAGCCGGAACGCAUUUGUGCUUUUUGAUUCCCUCCGAAAAAAAGUGCUCUUUACGAUUUUCAUGCCAUCUAAUGUUUGCCCGAACUGCAUCGAUCCGUGCGUUUUAAAUAGAUCUCUUAUCCUACAGUUUUUUUCCUUUUUUUUUUUUUUUGAUUUCACGGGGCGUUGUCUGUAUUUUAUGUUUGUUCUCGUUAUGACCUUUUACCGCUGUGUCUCUACAGCUCGUCAUCGGUUUACGUGCUUCGAUUCUACCUGACCUUCAAAGAGUGACAGUUUCCUUGUCUCUGUUUUCUUUUCGCCUUCCAAAAAAAAAAAAUAACUGGACGGAGAGAUCUUGGUGUUAAUAGAUGUCAUUUGGGGCUUCGGAACGUUUACAUGGCACUAAGAGUGUCCCUCCUCGGUUGUCACGCAGGGCGAAACGACGGCGGUUAAUAGACGGGUUCUUUUUGUUUUGCAUUGCAUAGCGGCGUUGGUUUGAAUUUCCAGCCGGCCCACGGUAUUUGGGCGGGAAACAGAUUUUCUCUUUCCAUCUGCGGGGUUCGAUGAGGUUUAUUAGCCUACAAAAAAGUUUUCGAUAUCCUUUGGGACGAUUUCGUUUUCUUUCGAACUCUUAUCAUAAUGAUGCGAAGGAGAAAUUUAAAGUGGAGAUUUGAACACGCACACUCAGAUGGAAUGGAUUUUUCGACUUUGAAAGCGCGCGCGCGGGCUUUCUCGAGUCAUCGUCCUUUUUCGAAGCGCGUCGUCAUUGGCAAAUGAGUUCUGGGAGGCGGAGUGUGGUUUUUUCCGUUGUUGCUCUCUUUACCUUCCGGGUGAAUGCUAAUACCCCUUGCUCGCCCUCUUGGAGGUUUUCACCGGCGUCUUGACCUCUUCGAAUCUCUAAUUUGUUCGAGCUUGGAAAAUGGCCCCGAUGAUAUAGGGCGGACGGUGUGAUUCCAGUUAUUCUUCAUGAGGGCAAAGCAAUGAAGAAAGGAUAAAACCAAAAAGCAAAAACAAAAAAAAAAAAAAAAAGGACAAAAAGAACCAACAAAAAAAAAAGGACGGAUUCUUUCCGCUCGCUUUUACUGGGUAGUUAUUAGUUAGCAAAAUGGUACAUACGGUAAUGGAAUAAUAUCUGAGUGUCAAGAAA